CCUCUCUCUCUCUCUCUCUCUCCCUCUCUCCCCACACCCCGUACUGCGAAUGCUAGCACUACCACUCUGCGGCCGCAUGCGAUGUUGUCGAUCCCAUGGCACCGUCGCAUGCGACCUCUCGUCCCCUUCUUCCUCCUCCCUCCUCUGAUCCUCGCCUCCGCCUUUCUCUUCUUCUCCUCAUCCUCCCCCUUCUCCUUCCCCAUCAUCCCCUUCUCUCCCUAUUCCUCCUCCUCCUCCAGGUUCGUGCCGCGGGUGGAGGAUCCGCCGAUCAUCUGGAGCGCGCCUAGGGCGGUGGAGUGGAGACCCUGCGAUUGGUGGAGGGACAGCAAAGCAUUACCUUCUCCUCCUGGGAAGAGCAAUGGAUUCAUCAGGAUCGACUGCUACGGCGGGCUUAAUCAGAUGAGACGUGAUUUGUGUGAUGGAAUUGGGAUCGCACGCCUGCUGAAUGCAACUAUGGUGUUGCCGAAAUUUGAAGUUGCUGCUUACUGGAAUGAAUCAAGCGACUUUGCAGAUGUUUUUGAUGUUGAUUACUUCAUUGAGCGAAUGAAAGGCUUUGUAGAAGUUGUGAAAGAGUUACCAGAAGACAUUGCAUUAAGAGAGCCAUUUGGAGUGGAUUGUAGCAAGCGGAAAGGUCAGUUUGACUAUGUUGAGACGGUGCUGCCUUCUCUCUUGAAACAUCGCUAUAUUUCCAUCACCCCAGCUAUGAGCCAAAGAAGAGAUAGGUAUUCUCUGCAAGCAAAAGCUUCCUUUUGCCGAGGCUGCUAUGAGGCACUUCGCCUUAGCAAGGUUUUAGAAGCCAAAGCCUCCAACCUUCUCAAAGCCAUACCCAACCCCUUCGUAUCCCUCCAUCUCCGGUUUGAGCCUGACAUGGUCGCCUACAGCCAAUGCAUCUACCCUGCCCUUUCUCCCUCCUCUAUAAAUGCCAUCGAAUUAGCUCGUGGGGAUCGAAAGCCAUUUACGGGCGAAGCUGCUCGUGUGUGGCGGAAUCGCGGGAAAUGCCCUCUAACUCCCAGUGAAACUGCUUUUGUCCUUCAGGCCCUUGGCUUCCCUACAAGCACGAGCAUUUAUCUGGCAUCCGGGGAUGGUAUUCUGGAGAUCGAAGGGUUCACUUCUAUUUAUAGAAAUGUUUAUACAAAGUCGUCUUUGUUAAGCGGCAAGGAUUUUGAUCGCAUGCAUGGGAAUACUAAAGCCGCGCUUGAUUACUAUAUUUCGAUAAAUAGUGAUGCUUACAUAGCUACUUUUUUUGGCAAUAUGGAUAAGAUGGUAGUUGCAAUGAGAGCUCUUAAAGGGCUCUACAAGACACUGAUUUUGAGCAGAAGGGCCUUUGCAAAUUUUACUGCAGAGGGUCUGGAGGGGGAAGAGUUGGCGAAGGCUUUGCGGGAGGCGCAUAGGGAGGAUUUUGUUAUGGGGAGGGGUUCGGCUUUGCCUGAUUGUUUCUGUGAGUAUAAAUUGUAACACCUAAGUACUUGUAAAUUAAACUUCGAUGUUGUGAUGUCCGCUAGAUUUUAUUCGUCGCAUAUUACUCUGGUGAUUACAUAUAGCAUUAUUUGAAAAUCACCAGUUUAUGUGCCAAAUUAUCUCAGACAUUUGAUUCUCAAUCUGCACUUUGCGAAAGAAAAUCAAGAUACAAAUUACCAACGCGGCUGCAAAUUCGUAUUUUGAUGGUAUUUUGUUAUCUCUUGGUAAACUUUGUGAGACAAUUUGUCAAUUGAAUUAGUUCACUAAAGAUCAUCAUCUGUCAA